GCGAUGCAAGUUACCGUCACUGUUCCUUUGUAGUAGUCCUCGUUUGCUUGCUAUCGUUUGCUUGCUAGCUAUUAGUAGUAUCGACAAGAUCCCUUGGAUUCCAACACACACACUCACACGUAUACUCGCGUCUCUCCCAUGUACGCGGAUAUGUUUGAUCCGUUGGGUGCGGCGGGAGCCCGUCGUCGGGCGGCCAACGCGCGGAACGUCGUCGCGGCGCCUCCGCCGUUGGUCUCCUUCGACGCGGGCCUCGUCGAUUUGACACUCCGGGACGACGGUUCGUACGACUGCCAACCCAACGAACACUUGCGGGCACAAAUCCGUUUGCUCUGGAGCGACGGGAACUUGCAGUGGCAAGUCUACAAUCGACGGGACAACAAGGUGGAAUCCACCACGCCCGUGACUGACGACGUAGGAACCUUUCAACGCGUCCCGUUGUCCGAGAAAACGCAUCCUCAAGACAGAAUCUACGUAUGGAAUAAGGCACCGGGACAGUACCAAAUGUAUUGGAUGCAGGAUGCGACCUUCGAAGACGAAGACGAGACGAUUCUCAAGGUCAAUCAGUAUCUGGCGGAUCCGCAUUCGGCGAAACCCGCUUCCGAAACAGCCACCGACAGUGAGGGGGCUUCGCACAGCAAUCGUUUGAUGGGCAUGGACGACACGAUCGCUGCCGACGAGAGCCACCUCCGAAGGAUCAACAAUGACAACAAUAACAAUACCAGCUCGUCGCAGGUCGAUGCUCUCAGUACCAUUCUCGAAAACCUAGGAAUCCCCCAAAGCAGUCAAGGAACCCCAUCCGGGGCCGAUACCACUCCUGCUGCUGCGAUGAACACCGGCACUACUGGGUCCCUAACUUUGGCCGACUUACAGGGUGCCAUGGCGAGUAUGCAGCAGCAAACGGGAGCUGCGACUCCCACGGUCGGUCCGCCCUUGGAUCAAGUCGUCACACCGCAAGCCAUGGAUCGCUUGAUGGACAACGAGGCCGCUCGGGGUCGCCUCGUGGCCCUCUUGCCUGAAGGGCAACAAACUCCAGAAGCGCUGCGGGAAAAUCUACGAUCGCCGCAAAUUCAGCAAACGCUACGCGCCUUGACGCAAGCCUUGUUGCCGGAUGACGAAGGCAACACCGACGGAUUUUACUCCGUCCUUGCCAAUUUUCAACUAGAUCCAGCCCACGGACAAGAUGCUCUCACCCAACACAACAAUCCUAUUCAAGCCUUUCUCGAUGCUCUCCUCGCCAAGGUGGAACAGGACUCGAACACAGAGAGCCCGGACGAGGAAGCGAAGCAGGACUAAUAGUAAAUGGAAUCAUCUCCUUACACGUAAUGCAUUCAGCAAGAGAUUUUUGCUACUG